CUUGUCUUUCGAGCGGAAAUAGUUCUCACGGGUCACGAGCAAGCGCUAGUACUUAUCCCUUUGAGAGCGUGAGUGUCUAAUGUUUCAAAGGCCAAAGCAUCCCCUAUCAGAAAGCUCUCUCUAGGUUUAGGUUAGGGUUUCUGUGGUCUCAACUCUCAAUCCCUUCUCUCUCGUCUGAUCGUCUGAUAUUACAUCUUACGAUCUGUAGUUUUAGAUACAGCUUAUCCUACUUUUUUAUCUUCGGGUUGUUUGUUUCAGCGUCCAUUCUUAUACUCUGCCUCUAUCUCCUCCCUGUUUUGCCCAAGAUUACAUCUUUCCAUCCGGUUAUCACUCUAUAUACUCAGUUGAGAUUUUGCUUGUCGUCGAAAGUUAGUUUGCGUUGGUUUUUUCGCAAGUUUGGAUUUCUAUUAGCAGUCAGUAGGUUAGGGUUCGAGUUCUUCUGGAAUCGUCUCUGGAUUAGGAUUUUCGAAGAUGAUGCAACUUGCCACCGGAGUUGUUCCGCCACCGAUGGCUCCUCCACCGAUGGAUCAACAACACCAGCAGCAUCCACAGCAACAACCACUGCCACAACAGCAGUGGUUGAUGAUGCCUCCACAGCAGCCUCUUCAGCCUCAGCCUCCUCCGAUGUGGAACCAGCAGGCACCUCAAGUCCCACAGCCGCAAGUGUCACCCCAACCACAACAACCGCAGCCGCAGCCUCAGUAUCCGUCUGCACAGCCGGCGAGUGCGGAUGAGAUCCGCACACUUUGGAUCGGGGACUUGCAGUACUGGAUGGAGGAGAACUAUCUCCACAGCUGUUUCGCUCACACGGGCGAGGUUGCUUCUAUAAAAGUGAUCCACAAUAAACAAACUGGUCAGUCAGAGGGCUAUGGUUUUAUUGAGUUUUUGACUCGUGCUAUAGCAGAAAGAAUCUUGCAGACAUACAAUGGCACAUUGAUGCCUAAUGUUGAACAGAACUUUAGACUGAACUGGGCUACUUUUAGUUCCGGUGACAGGCGCCCGGAUGAUAGUCCUGACUUCCCAAUAUUUGUCGGGGAUUUGGCUGUUGAUGUCACAGACUACAUGUUACAAGAGACAUUCAGGAGUCAUUAUCCCUCUGUCAAGGGUGCAAAGGUUGUCACUGAUAGAACAACUGGGCGCUCAAAGGGUUAUGGAUUUGUUAGGUUUGGGGAUGAAAGUGAACAAAUACGUGCCAUGACUGAAAUGAAUGGAAUGUUCUGUUCCACAAGGCCAAUGCGUAUUGGUCCUGCUACUACCAAGAAGAAUGUGAGCGGUCAGCAAUAUCCAAAAGCUUCUUACCAGAACACUCAAGGAACACAGAACGAGAAUGAUCCAAAUAAUACAACUAUAUUUGUUGGUGGUUUGGACUCUAAUGUUACGGAUGAACAUCUGAGACAAGUUUUCAGCCAAUUUGGAGAGUUGGUUCAUGUGAAGAUACCAGUAGGCAAACGCUGUGGAUUUGUUCAAUUUGCUAACAGAGCUUGUGCUGAGGAGGCUUUACUGAUGUUGAAUGGAACUCAGUUGGGGGGGCAAAAUAUUCGGCUUUCAUGGGGACGUAGUCCAUCCAAUAAACAGGACCCAUCUGUUGGAUGGGUACAGCCACAACCAGAUCCAAACCAAUGGAAUGGUGGAUAUUAUGGCUAUGGUCAAGGGUAUGAAGCCUAUGGAUAUGCUCCACCUCCUCAAGAUCCAAACAUGUAUGCCUAUGGGGCCUAUCCUGGAUAUGGAAAUUACCAACAACAACAGUGAUUUGGUGUUGAUCAUCCGGUAGUAUUCUGAAUGCGGAGGUAAAACUUUUGUGUAUCCAAAGAGAGGGAAAUGAAGUCCUAUCUCUGUACUCUAGUUUGUUGCUGCUUGUGCGGGCUUCUCCCUAUGGAUUUGUCGAAUUGGCCCUCGUUUGAAAUUUUCUUGGACAAUUAGAAAGCUGCCAGUCUGCAUGCCCCUAUGUUCUUUUUUUUCUUCUUUCUUAUGCAACUUUGUGAGUUUUAAUAUCAAGUAUACUCUGGCUGAGAUCGAGUAUGAAAGAUAGUAUAUAUAUUAUCUCCAACUUCUGCCAUCUAGACUUGAAAUUAAUUUGUCCUUCUGUUA